AUGGCGUAUUUCAGAGUUAAAGAACUACUGUAUUUUGAGGAGGAGAAAAGCUGGAUAGAAGCGCGGGAUGUCUGUAGGAAUUAUAACGGGAAAUUAAUGCGCAGCACGAUUCUUAACCGGAACAUCAUCGAGAACUGUGGAGAGAUUGACCCAAAGAAGAGGUUCUGGGUGGGAGAACAUCGAACACUCUCUUCUUGGUUCGAAAUUACAGGUUGUUUCGCGGACAACGAGAUACAGGCCAACGUAACCUUUGACAACAGCGAUAGGAACGAGGCUUCUGUUUGUUACGAGAUGUGUCAGGAUUCACCUUAUGUUGGUCUGAAGAAUAACACGUGCUUUUGCAUCGAUUCGUCGCCAGCCAACCAGGCCGACCUUCCCUGUGACUUACAGUGCCAAGGCAACGAGGCGGAGCAAUGUGGCGGUGAUGGCGUCGUGAGUGUGUAUAGAAAAGCUACAACGACGCCUGACAAUACCCUCUGUCCUCAGCAGGAAAUGUGUCUCUGCUCACAGAUGGAUUGUCUCCCUUCUGGAGCCUCGUUCUCAUCUAGACCCUGUGUCACGGAGUUGUACGGCGCAUGCGGUUACGGCUACAUGACGGACACCAAGAAAUCAUGGAAUGUGAGCAAUCAUAACUGCAUCAAACAGGGCUUUCUGGCAAAUCAGGAAAACUCACAAGAAUUCUGUAGGAACAGGAUUAUAACGUGGCCACAAACCUAUUGGUCCGGGGUGUUCCGAAGUGUGAUCAACAAUGUAGAUAUGGGGAGUGACGGAUCUAGAGAUCCGCUCCUAUACUGUUUUUCACUUCGGAGAGGAUCUCUUCUAGACAAGGAGGGCAGUGUCACCAUCAGCCCCGACACGUGUUACAGUGAACGACUGCCUUUCAUCUGCGAAAUUGGUUCAUCUCUGUUCGGGGAGGCAAGGUGUAAAGUUCAGAAAGCCCCCACAACCUCAUCACCCACGACCACUUAUCCAUCAACGACGCAGUCUGGAUCCGCCCCCUCAUCUACAUACUUCAUCACUAACCAGGUCAAGGAUGAAAAAGAUGAUUUCAUCGACAAAAUAUUUAUUGUUGGUAUUGUUGCUGGUGCUGUGUUGCUGCUGUUGAUCAUCAUUUGCUCCGCCACAAUUGUAACCAAGAGAAGGAGAGCACAUUAUGGAAAGAAGUAUGGGAAUCAGUUCAUAAUUCGCUCCUAUGGAAAUGACGUCAAUCUAGACGAAGCAUCAUCAAACUCUAAAAGAAAGCAGAAGCAAGUUACACCAGAAUUUUUUAUAACUGACGUAACUUCCGGGGAAACGGUACAGGCAUUUCCUAAAGACAGCAGCAAUAUCAGUGUGUCAUCAUCUGAAAUGAAAUAUGACAGACUGAAAAAUGAUCGUACCAAGGCAAAAUCUGUGGAGCCUCAGCAAUAUAUAUCGAAUCAGAGUGACGUAAGAAGUGACGUCAGUAGUGAGCACGGCAAUGACGAGUCCCGUCCGUUGACAAAAAGGAAAGAAACAAUGCCCAGUCACAUUAAAACUGAGGGCCAACCAAAAACACAAGCUGAAACUAGUGCUAGCAAAAGUUUGCCACGACAAUCAAAGUUAUCGAAAAAACCUCCAUUUCAUUAUGUUUAUAGCGAGUGGUGA